GAGACCCCCCAGGAAGAGAAGGAUGCCUUGAAGGGCAUCGUCGAAGACACCCCGCCUCCAGCCCAAGGCAGAAAGGGGAAAUGGCUCUCUCCAGAGUAUCCCCUGAUUUACAAGACUCCACUUCCUAUCCCACCCGUCAAGCAACCCAAGUAUAAGAUCACCAACCCCGUAACAGGGAAGGAGAUAUGGUACUAUGAGAUGGAGAUCAAGCCCUUCACUCAUCAAGUCUACCCCAGCCUUCGUCCCGCACGACUUGUCGGGUACGAUGGCAUCUCCCCUGGCCCUACGAUUAUCGUACCCCGCGGCACUGAGUCCGUUGUCCGAUUCAUGAACAACGCGGAUGCCGAGACUUCGGUCCAUCUUCAUGGCUCACCUUCGAGGGCUCCCUUCGAUGGGUGGGCUGAGGAUCUGACAUUCCCUGGAGAGUACAAAGACUAUUACUAUCCCAACAACCAAGCCGCACGCUUCCUUUGGUACCACGACCAUGCCAUGCACAUUACUGCUGAGAAUGCAUACUUUGGCCAGGCCGGCGCAUAUCUCAUCACUGAUCCCGCCGAAGACGCCCUCGGACUACCCUCUGGAUACGGCACAUACGACAUCCCCCUCGUCCUAUCAGCCAAGAUCUACAACAGCGACGGCACACUCCAAACCAGCAAGAACGAAGACGACAGUCUGUUCGGCGACAUCAUCCACGUCAACGGCCAACCAUGGCCCUUCCUAAACGUCGAGCCACGAAAGUACCGCUUCCGCUUCCUCAACGCCGCCCUCUCCCGCACAUUCGCCCUCUACUUCGUCAACGCCUUGAACACCAACGCCCGCCUGCCCUUCAAGGUCAUCGCCUCCGACGCCGGGCUCCUCGAGUCCCCAGUCCAGACCUCCGACCUCUACAUCUCAAUGGCCGAGCGCUACGAAAUCGUCUUCGACUUCUCGCAGUACGCCGGCCAAACCCUCGAACUCAAAAACUUCCCCAAAGCCAACGGCGUCGGCACCGAAGACGAAUACGAAGCCACCGACAAAGUCAUGCGCUUCAUCGUCUCCUCCACGCCCGUCCCGGACACCAGCGUCGUGCCCACCACCCUCCGCACCGUCCCCUUCCCGCCCGCCUCCUCAGGCAUCGACCACCACUUCCGGUUCCACCGCACCAACAGCGAGUGGCGCAUCAACGACAUCGGGUUCGCCGACGUGCAGAACCGCGUGCUCGCGAAGGUGCCGCGCGGCACCGUCGAGAUCUGGGAGCUCGAGAACGGGUCAGGCGGCUGGACGCAUCCGAUCCACGUGCACCUCGUUGACUUCAAGGUGCUGUCGCGGACGGGGUCAGAGUCCACACGCAACGUGCUGGACUACGAAUCGAAGGGGUUGAAGGAUGUUGUUUGGCUAGGUCGCCACGAGACGGUGACGGUCGAGGCGCACUAUGCGCCUUGGAACGGCGUGUAUAUGUUUCAUUGCCAUAAUCUCAUCCAUGAGGACCAGGAUAUGAUGGCUGCGUUCAACGUUACCGCGCUGCAGGGCUUCGGGUACAAUGAGACGACGGAUUUUGCGGAUCCCAUGGAUGCGAGGUGGAGGGCGAGGCCGUAUAAUAAGGCGGAUUUCACGAGUCGGUCGGGGAUUUUCACGGAGCAGGCGAUUAAGGGUGCGGUGGAGACGCUGGCGAGGCAGCAGCCGUAUAGUGAGCUGGAGGAGGUGGAGCAGGCUUUGGAUGACUUUUAUAAUAACCCGGCGCCGAAAAAACGGGAGGUUGAGGUCGCUGCUGGUCCUGUGCCACGGUACAGACGUUUUGUGGUGUAAGGUUGCUCGAGCUGAGAUUUGGAAUAUCGUUCCUGUUGCCCUUAGGAGGACUUACCUGACUUCAUGCUAAUUACUGUUUCAUUUGUCAAUAUGUAACCCACCCGCUUAUUUUCAAUCCCCUUUGUCAAUAUUUAGUACAUCUAAGGUUUUCCACUUCCC